CUCGCCUCACCGUGACCUACUGCCGCAGCAGUGGCCCUGGCGGGCAGCACGUUAAUAAAGUGAACACCAAGGCAGAAGUUCGCUUCCACUUGGCAUCAGCAGACUGGAUUCCAGAAGCUGUGAGACAGAAAAUGGCAUCGAUGCACAGGAAUAAGAUAAACCGAGCUGGUGAGCUGUUUGUGACCUCUGAGGAGAGUCGCUACCAGAUGAGGAAUCUGGCCAUUUGCUUAGAGAAGAUCAGAACCAUGGUCACGGAGGCUACGGAGCAGCCCAAGGUGGUGUCUAAGGAGACAACACAGAAACUCAUAGAGAGGGUGGAAAAAAUGAACCGCGAACGACUACGACAGAAAAAGAUACACUCAAACAUAAAGCAGAGCAGGAAGGCAGACUUUGAGUGA